AUGUCCAUCAAGGCAGGCUUAGGCACUGGGUUUCUGCUGAGGUUUAUGAUUUUUUUAAGGGAAGAUCAACUGAAUUGGCUCCGAAUACCAGGGGAUAUGCUUCUCAACGUGCUUCAGAUGUUCGCUGUGCCCCUCAUUGUGACAAGCGUGCUUGCAGGAGUGACUGGAUUAAACACCAAAAUGUCCAGAAAAACAGCCUUGUUCACAGGAACCUACAUCUGUGGCACCACUCUUUUGGCCGUAAUUCUUGGACUGUUUCUGGUGCUCACAAUCCGGCCUGGUGCGGGAGAACACCUAACACAGGAGAGCAAUAAGGGAAUACCAACCUUCUCCAUUCAUGUGAUCCUCAUGGAUCUUUUAAGGAACAUGUUUCCAGAGAGCUUCAUUCAGGCUUUCUAUGAGCAGUACAAGACUGAGAUUAUUCAGGUUAAAAGAGAAGAUUCUGGCCCUCCCCUUCAUCCAGCAGUAGUGCAGAAUGACACUGAGAUGAAACUGGUGGGCAGUUAUGUUGAUGGACCCAACAUGUUAGGACUGAUCGUCUGGUCUUUCACCUUCGGCAUCUUGAUAAACAGGGUGGGACAGGUGGCAACAAGCACUGUGAAGGCCAUUCAAAGCCUCAAUGAUGCAAUAAAAAUCAUAUUCAACUGGAUUCUGUGGUACUUGCCAAUCGGAGUUUUGUUCCUGAUCGUAGAAAACGUGUUGGAUGUUCAGGACUGGGGCGCUGUCAUUAAACUCGCAAAACUUUCAGCUGUGAUUGCUCUGGGGCUUGCAAUCCAGUCCUUACUUAUUCUUCCCAUGGUUUACUUCACGCUUGUCAGAAAGAAUCCCUUUGUCAUCUUAAGGAGUACCUCUAAGGCUUGGAUGACUGCAAUUAUCAUUGCGUCCAGCACUGCCAGUCUGCCUGUCAUCCUUCAAUGCUGUGAAGAGAACCUGAUGGUCAAUGGGAAACUCUGCCGCCUCAUGCUGCCCAUUCUCACCAGCCUUAAUAUGAAUGGGACUGCGGUCUACGAAGUGAUCGCUUCUGUCUUUAUUGCCCAAAUGAAUGACAUCACGCUGGAUGCUGGCCAGAUAAUUGCAAUUGGCUUGACUAGUUCCAUUGUCACAUUUGGAGCUGCAGGGAUCCCAGCAUCAGGAGCUGUGACCACUAUCCUGAUUCUGACAGCUGUGGGUCUGCCUGCAAGGGAUGCUGCCAUGCUGGUCGUAGUGGAAUGGGUUCUAGACCAUGUCAGGACCGGGGUGAAUGUAGUGGGAGACUGCUAUGGUGUUGUUCUCAUCAAUUUCCUGUGCCAUGAUGAGCUGGAAGACCUGGACAAACCACCUAGCAUUGAUAGGGUUCGUCCCACCAGUGAGCUCGAGUUGGACUUAACCUGUUUGGAGACUGACCAACAGCUCAGCGCCUCUCGCUCCUCCUCCGCUUCCUCAGGAUCCAUUUCACCCAAAUGAGGGGAUCAUCUCAGCACCAUAUUAGCACCAAUACAUUAAAACCUCAGGAUAGGGAUGUCACCAUCGUGGGGUGUCUGAGCUGAUCAUUUCCUUGUUUGCGUAUAGUUAUUAUUGCUAAUAAGAUUGUGCCAUAUCAGUUUAUUCAUCUGUAUUUAGUUUGCAUUUUAUUUCUGUUUUUGCUAGUUUUCAGUGAUCUCUAUUCCAAAUUUAUUGAUCUUUAAGUUGUUAAUUGUUAUGUGUUUGAAGGUAAUUCACCUUCGCUGUACUAGAUUUUAUUAUUUAUGCUUUUGAAUGUUUACUAUGUAUGGACUUUUCUGUUUUUAUAAAUUUGUUCUUUCUACUUGUAGAUUACAAGUAGGAUAGAAAUAUUUCUCCAGCAUUUCCUGACUCAUGAGCUGCCACAGUUCCCCGUCUUCCAUAAUCGGUUUUCUCCCACUUCUGAAUCCCCACUGCUUUAUUACCAAUAACUGGUUUUGACCUUUUACUUUAUUUGGUUAUACAGAUCAUUUCACUGUGUGUCUGUAGUAGUUAAAUGCUCAUCUUUCUGUUUUUAACCUCUGUAACUUUGCAUUUCACUUGAGUGUAUGACCAAUGCUCAAUAUACAAAGUUUGACUGAUGCAAUACUUUGUGAAUAUAAUCCUUAACGUUGCAUGAACAUGUUCACUGCUGUCAGACUGAAAACAAUUGAAUUGAAAAUACAUUUCAUUUUUAUGUACGAAUGCAUGAACAUUACAUAAAAUCAUUUCUUGAGAAGAAUUGAUUUUAAUAAAUUGCCAGUC